AUGACUAGCGGAUUCCCUCAAGGACAAUACUUUUAUAUCAAAUCAAAGGAGAAUGGCUCCUGUAUUGAUGUCUAUAUGGGCGAGACCACCUCUGACUCCAACAUCAUCAUUUGGCCCCAAAAGACUGGCGAGGACAAGGAUAACCAACUCUGGAAAGCUGACAAUGGCUUUUUGGUCAACAAAAAAUCCGGAUUAGUCAUCGAUAUUCGUGGUGGCGAACUUCAAUCUGACAGCGCUAUUGUUCAAUACGAACGCAAAACUACCAUGGCCCACAAUCAAAGAUGGGGAUUCCGUGAUGGUUAUGUGUACUGCUUGGCUGAUCCUCGUCUCGUCUUGGAUAUCAGAGGCGGUUCCAACAAGGACGGUGCCAAGGUCAUCUUGUAUAACCGCAAGGAUACUGACAAUGCUAAUCAACAAUGGACCAUUCAGACCGAUGGCUCUUCUGGUCAAUCUGCUGUUCCUACCUAUGGUAACACGUCUUCCUCAGUCUCUUCCGGAUAUGGUCAACAAGACAAGAGCUCAAGUUAUGGUAACACUGCUUCAUCUGGUUACGGUAACACCUCUUCUGACUAUGGUCAAUCAAAUACCUCAUCAGGCUAUGGCCAAUCUGCUCAAUCUGGCUAUGGUCAGUCUGGUCAGUCUGGCUACGGUCAGUCUGGCUACGUUCAGUCUGGUCAGUCAGGUUACGGUCAGUCUGGUCAGUCUGGUUACGGUCAGUCUGGUCAGUCUGGUUACGGUCAAUCCAGCACAUCUUCUGGUUACGGUAACACCUCUUCUGACUAUGGUCAAUCAAAUACCUCAUCAGGCUAUGGUCAAUCUGCUCAGUCAGGUUAUGGCCAGUCAGGUUACGGUCAGUCAGGUUACGGUCAGUCAGGUUACGGUCAGUCCAACACCUCCUCUGGCUAUGACCAACAAACCAGCUCUGGUUAUGGCCAUUCAAAGCCUACUGGCUAUGGUGCUCCUGAUGAUGAAAACCCCAGAUACCGCAACUAA